AAUAAUUGGAAAUCGACGGAAUACAGACAAUUUUUAUUGUAUAUUGGAAUUUUUGUAUUAAAAGACUGUAUUGGUAGUGAUUUUUACUUUCUCUUCCUCCUAUUGCACACUGGAAUACGGCUAUUAUCAAGCCAAAAAUCAUUAAAAACUGAAGCAGACGUAGCACAGAAUAUUUUGCAGGAGUUUGUUCAUUUGUUUGGGCAAAUCUUUGGUGACUAUUUAGUUAGUUAUAAUGUGCAUGGGUAGUUGCACAUAACAGAUUGUGCUAGGCAGUAUGGAACUCUUGAUAGUUUUUCGGCAUAUAAGUUUGAAAACUAUAUGCAAUAUUUAAAGAAAAUCGUUAAAAAGCCAAACAAAAUUCUUGAGCAAAUACAUUUUAGGCUAGAAGAAGGAAAUGAUGUCGAGAAUAUUUCAAAAAUUGGUGCUUUCAAAAUUGAUCACAAAAAAGAAAAAGAUUCCUACUGUUUUAGCAGAAAAGUUGUGCCUGUCAAAAUAAUAGGUAUAGGUGAUUAUUUAAUAGGAUACAGUUUUGGCAAAUUAGAAAACUAUUUUGACCAACCGGUACAAUCUUCUCCGGCACUAGGUAUAAUACUAGGUGAUCAAUUAGGUAAUGAAGAAAUAAAAAUACCCAAAGAGGACAUUGCAUACAAAUACUUUUGCAUACCCCAUGAAGGCAAACACUUACUUAUACCAGUUCUGCAUCACCUUUUCCACGUUUUUGAAAAUUAGAUUUAACAUUUAAAAUAUUAAGAAAUUUGAUACUGCUGUUUUUUUAUGCUAUUAUUACAGAUAUGGAGUUUUUGUUCAGCGAAGAAAGCAUUGGCAUUGAGGCUCAGCAGCCAGUUGGCGACAAGGUUGAGGAAUUGUAAAAAACGGUUUUAACAAACCAAGCAAAAUUAUUGGAAAACCAGAAAAUAGUUAUGGACCAAUUCUUUCAUUUCGGCAAGCGACUAACUAAUUUAGAAAACAUAUUUAAUGAAAAUAAAAUCGAAGCCAGUGAGCAGCUAACACAAUUUAAGACGGUGCGUGAAUGUAAGGUCCUACUCCGCAGGAUUCAUCAUUCUGUUUGUAAAAUGACUGGAGAAGAAGUGGAUGAAAUUCAAACGGAAAUAUCGUCCACAUUACCAUUGCAAACGCUAGCUGCAGCUGAAGAAUUUGAAAAAAAGCUGCUGCAACAACAAUAUCUUGAGGCAAUGAAAACUUUACUUUUGAAAAUUAAGGGUCCUGAAACGACUGUUGACGAUUUGCUUCGUCAACUUUAUAGUAAUGAAAUGUUGUCGCUUUGCAACUGGGAUGGUAGGGGCAACAAUGAAGCAUUGUCCCAAUAUUCUCUUGUUUCGGACAUACUUUUUGAUAUUUUUCAGCUAUGCGGACGAGCAACUUACGAGAAGAACAUUCGUAGGUCAAUUGAGCUUAGUCACCACCGUUUUAAGCAGCGAAAUUAUCGGCAGCGGAAUUUAAAUAAGAAAUAA